UCCUGGAACAAUAGAUAGGCUGAUUCAAAAAGCUCUCUACUGUGGUUGGAAUGCUAUAGGAGAGAACAGCAUAGAAAAAUACAAACAGCCUUCACUAUUGAAGAGGUAAAUUGUGAGCCAUGCCAUAGAAGCAGCAUAUUUUGAUUGUUUUCUAAUACUUAAUGGAGGUUACACUAGGUUUAAAUUUUUCUGAUUCGUGAGAAUGCUGAAUAUUUUUCAUUUCUCCUGUAUAAGUGGUUUAAAGUCCUUUUUGUUACAGAGAAGCAUGUUUGAAAGGGUUAGCUAGACUUCUGUUUGAUGUAGGAGUGUGAAUAAAUUAUGUAGAUCUCCAAGCAUUGUAGCCAAUGAGCUAAGCCAAGACUCUUAGUGGAGAGGAAAAUAGUUAAUAGGCUGGCUGUCGCUCUGGAUUGCUGCAUAAAUGCUGGGAGCAGCAGCCCUAUGGUUAUGAGGUGGGGAGAACGGGAUGACGUCAUCGCUCCGGAGCUGCUGCAGGAUGGAGUGGAAAGCUGCUGCUGAUGGCAUUGUUUUUGUGGCAGCAGCUGAAUGACAGAUCCUCACUACAAAGAUACCCGUUUGGCCCUCGUAUAGGCCUCCUGGUUCGGGUGUUUCACCAUGCCAGCACAGCGCCAUGAGUCCUGGAUGCAUGCUGCUGUUUGUGUUUGGCUUUGUUGGCGGGGCGGUGGUCAUUAAUUCUGCUAUCUUAGUCUCUCUCUCUGUUUUGCUGCUUGUGCACUUUUCUAUUUCUACCGGUGUGCCAGCUCUGACGCAGAACCUACCAAGGAUACUCAGAAAAGAGCGCCCUAUAUCAUUAGGGAUUUUCCCAUUACCUGCUGGAGAUGGAUUGCUUACACCUGACACUCAGAAAGGUGGAGAGACCCCUGGAUCAGAGCAAUGGAAAUUUCAGGAAUUAAGUCAACCACGUUCUCAUACCAGCCUGAAGGUCAACAGUAGUCCUGAAUCUCUGAAGGCUGUAGAACAGGAGGAUGAACUUUCUGAUGUUAGCCAAGGAGGAUCUAAAGCUACCACUCCAGCAUCGACAGCUGCUUCAGACGUGGCAGCAAUUCCUGCUGAUACUCCCUUAAAUGAAGAUGGUGAAGGAUUGGUGAAAGCUGUGGAUACACCAGAUAAGUCAGAGAUAAGCAAGCAUAUUGAAGUACAGGUAGCCCAGGAAACCAGACAUGUAUCCACAGGCUCUGCUGAAAAUGAAGAAAAGUCAGAAGUUCAAGCAAUCAUUGAAUCCACUCCUGAGUUGGACAUGGACAAAGAUCUCAGUGGAUUCAAAGGCUCAAGCACUCCCACCAAAGGCAUAGAGAACAAAGCUUUUGAUCGCAAUACAGAAUCUCUCUUUGAAGAACUGUCUUCAGCUGGCUCAGGCCUAAUUGGAGAUGUGGAUGAAGGAGCAGAUUUACUAGGGGAAUAUUCUGACCAUAAUUUCUUUGGAAUGGGUCGUGAAGUUGAGAAUCUUAUAUUAGAAAAUACACAACUGUUGGAAACCAAAAAUGCUUUGAAUGUAGUGAAGAAUGAUUUGAUAGCAAAAGUAGAUGAACUGACCUGUGAGAAAGAUGUGCUGCAAGGGGAGCUGGAGGCCGUGAAACAAGCCAAACUGAAGCUGGAGGAGAAGAACAGAGAGCUGGAGGAAGAGCUUAGGAAAGCUCGUGCAGAAGCUGAAGAUGCAAGGCAAAAGGCAAAAGAUGAUGAUGAUAGUGAUAUUCCCACAGCCCAGAGGAAGCGGUUUACUAGAGUAGAAAUGGCCCGAGUUCUAAUGGAGAGAAACCAGUAUAAAGAGAGAUUGAUGGAGCUCCAGGAAGCUGUUCGAUGGACAGAGAUGAUUCGAGCAUCAAGAGAAAAUCCAGCCAUGCAGGAAAAAAAAAGGUCAAGCAUUUGGCAGUUUGUGCCAGCUCGUUUUAGCCGACUUUUCAGCUCCUCAAGUAAUACUGCUAAGAAGCCCGAACCACCUGUUAAUCUGAAGUACAAUGCACCCACCUCUCAUGUUACUCCUUCCGUCAAGAAAAGAAGCAGCACCUUAUCUCAGCUCCCUGGGGAUAAGUCCAAAGCCUUUGAUUUCCUCAGUGAAGAAACUGAAGCUAGUUUAGCCUCACGAAGAGAACAAAAGAGAGAACAGUAUCGCCAGGUGAAGGCGCAUGUUCAGAAGGAAGAUGGUAGAGUGCAGGCUUUCGGCUGGAGUCUGCCUCAAAAGUACAAACAGGUAACCAAUGGUCAAGGGGAAAAUAAGAUGAAAAAUUUACCUGUGCCUGUUUAUCUCAGACCUCUAGAUGAAAAAGAUACAUCGAUGAAGCUGUGGUGUGCUGUUGGAGUCAAUUUAUCAGGUGGGAAGACCAGAGAUGGUGGUUCUGUUGUUGGAGCAAGUGUAUUUUACAAGGAUGUUGCUGGUUUGGAUGCAGAAGGCAGUAAACAGCGCAGUGCAUCUCAGAGUAGUUUAGACAAGUUAGAUCAGGAACUUAAGGAACAGCAGAAGGAGUUGAGAAAUCAAGAAGAAUUAUCCAGUCUAGUCUGGAUCUGCACCAGCACUCAUUCAGCUACGAAAGUUAUCAUUAUCGAUGCUGUUCAACCGGGCAACGUCCUAGACAGUUUCACGGUUUGCAACUCUCACGUUCUGUGUAUAGCAAGUGUGCCAGGAGCGCGAGAAACAGACUACCCUGCAGGAGAAGAGCUGUCAGAAUCAGGACAGGUUGACAAAGCGUCUUUAUGUGGAAGCAUGACAAGCACUAGCUCAGCAGAGACAGACAGCCUGUUGGGAGGCAUCACGGUGGUUGGUUGUUCCACAGAAGGUGCGACAGCAGCUGCCACUUCCCCUAGUACCAAUGGUGCUUCUCCGGUGAUGGAAAAACCACCAGAAAAGGAAGCAGAAAAUAGUGAAGUUGAUGAAAAUGUUCCAACAGCAGAAGAAGCAACUGAAGCCACAGAAGGCAAUGCGGGGUCAGCUGAAGACACUGUGGACAUCUCCCAAACUGGCGUGUACACAGAGCAUGUCUUUACAGAUCCUUUGGGAGUUCAAAUACCUGAAGACCUCUCGCCAGUCUAUCAGUCAAGUAAUGACUCAGAUGUGUAUAAAGAUCAAAUACCAGUAUUGCCAAAUGAACAAGACUUGGUGAGAGAGGAAGCCCAGAAAAUGAGCAGCCUUUUACCGACUAUGUGGCUUGGAGCCCAGAAUGGCUGUUUGUAUGUCCAUUCAUCUGUAGCCCAGUGGAGGAAAUGUCUCCAUUCUAUUAAACUUAAAGAUUCGAUUCUCAGUAUUGUACAUGUGAAAGGAAUCGUGUUGGUGGCCCUGGCUGAUGGUACCCUUGCCAUCUUUCACAGAGGAGUCGACGGGCAGUGGGAUUUGUCAAACUAUCAUCUGUUAGACCUUGGACGGCCUCACCAUUCCAUCCGAUGCAUGACUGUGGUACAUGACAAAGUCUGGUGUGGUUACAGGAACAAGAUCUAUGUGGUUCAACCAAAGGCCAUGAAAAUAGAGAAAUCAUUUGAUGCACACCCCAGGAAGGAGAGCCAAGUGCGGCAGCUUGCAUGGGUGGGUGAUGGCGUGUGGGUCUCCAUUCGUUUGGAUUCCACGCUCCGUCUCUAUCAUGCACACACUUAUCAACACCUACAGGAUGUGGACAUUGAGCCUUAUGUAAGCAAAAUGUUAGGUACUGGAAAAUUGGGCUUCUCCUUUGUGCGGAUCACAGCUCUCAUGGUGUCUUGUAAUCGUUUGUGGGUGGGGACAGGAAACGGUGUCAUCAUCUCCAUCCCAUUGACAGAAACCGUAAUCCUCCACCAGGGACGUUUACUGGGGCUGAGGGCAAAUAAAACCUCAGGAGCACCAGGAAAUCGUCCUGGAAGUGUAAUCCGAGUAUAUGGUGAUGAAAACAGUGAUAAAGUGACUCCAGGGACCUUUAUACCCUAUUGUUCAAUGGCACACGCACAGCUUUGCUUCCAUGGGCACCGGGAUGCUGUGAAAUUCUUUGUGGCAGUCCCAGGUCAAGUUGUCAGCCCACAAAGUGGCAGUAGUGGCACAGAUCUAACAGGUGACAAAGCAGGGCCAUCUGCACAGGAGCCUGGCAGCCAGACGCCCUUGAAGUCUAUGCUUGUCAUCAGUGGAGGAGAGGGUUACAUUGACUUCCGGAUGGGUGAUGAAGGUGGAGAAUCAGAACUUCUUGGAGAGGAUCUUCCACUUGAACCUUCUGUCGCCAAAGCAGAAAGGAGUCACUUGAUAGUGUGGCAAGUGAUGUAUGGCAGUGAGUGAGCCAUAGGAAACGGGUGGAGACGGGGAAGCCGUCUCUUCUGCAUGGUUUAUUUUCCCUUUUCCCCUUUAUUUAAUGCUCUCUUUGUGAAAUAAGUUUCACCACAUAAUGUGCGAGCAUUUUUUUUCCUGUUAACUUUAUACUACAAAAUCUGUCCUACCGUCACAAUACAGGAACUAGCUGUUUUACUGCGCCAGUGUUAUAGGCAUUUUCAGGAUAUUGUGAACAAAUCAAGAAUGUUUACUUUCUGCAAACUGGUGAAUUAUAGAAAGCAAUCCAGAUGUGGUUUACUCUGCCACAGUUAAUGUCACUCAUUUAGUUUGAUGGGGUCACUUUUUAGCUGUCACUAAUAAUGGAAAUAGUGGAAACACUUGAUAAAUGAAACUGUACCAUUAAGUACAAUAGUAAAGUUUCCCCCAGUGUAUUAUAAAAUUGACACAAGCUAACUUCAGGUGGAUUAUCAGGAUUUAUCUAAAUGUCCCAAGAGGGCUAAAAGCUAACUGUAAAUUACUUUAACUUUCACUUUCAAAUCUGACAAAUCUUGUUUAUAUGGUAUAUAAAACUUUGUUUUCAUCAGAUUUUGGGGGGGUUUUAUAUUAAAGAAAUUAAGACUACACUAUUUAAAUAAAAGUUUCCUGUUUCUGACUUAUUAGAGCUCUAAAGUUUAUGAGGCCUGCUUCUCUGAAUAUUCUGAUUUUUUUUUUGAGACUAGUCUUGCUCGUUUUCAUACUGACAUGUCUGAAAAGUUUAUUAUUUAUAAUGCUUAGAAGAUACACUUCAGCAAUGGGAGAGUUUUUUUUUAAGGAAAUUGUGUUGGAUUCCUUGUACCAGCAGGCGGUGGUGGUUGGUUGAGUUUUUUCCAUGUAAAAACAUUCACCUGUUUCCCAGUUGUUCUUGGACUGCCCUUAGCCGUUAACAAGAGUAAAGCUGCACUGGUGACGGACAGCAGCCUGACGAACUGAGUGAGGGAUUUGAUUAGAAACGGCGUUGUUUUUGUUCUGUAUAAACUACAGAACAGCUAGCACUGGAUAUUUUGUAUGUAAAUGACACAUUGUUUAAGCUCUUGUGCCCUUUUGAGAUUAAAAUGCCAUCUUCAAAGAAGAAAACUAGGAAGGGGAACAAGACAAAGCCAAGAUACCCUAAAGUGAAAGUUGACAUUACAUGUUUUCACUCUCAGUGCCCGUUUAAAAAAUAGUCUAACUGACAUUCUUGUUUAAUAAGUUUUUAAAAACCAUUAUGCUGCAGUUUUUUUCCCUCAACCUUCUUGAAAGUGUGUGAUUUAUGAUCUCUUAUCCAUUACUUUAAGCAAAGCUAAAAAUAAAGUUAAGUGCUAUUUUAAAACUGUAAACCUAUUGGAUAAAUGCCCCCCAAUCAUCAGGACUGCUUCAAGGAGGAGAAAGCAAACACAGGCCUCAGACUGUCUAAGCAUUCUUACGUACCAGGGACUUUUUUUCCUGAACUGUCAUGCAAAGAUAUUUGUAAAAAGUACCCCAGUGACUUUUAAGCAUAUACAUGAUGACUAGAUUAUAAAAUACAUGGGAUUUAAUGAGCCAGAGGAGGCCUUUGGAUCCAUUUGGCCACAUGUGUCUAUAAGCACAUUGUGUACAAAGUAAAAUUGUGGCCACUUUAGACGGCUGGAUGAAAAAAACUCUUUUGGUAACAGCUGUAUUAAAAGGAUAAUUUUUUGCUUGAGAUACUUAGUCACUUUUCUUCAGGGCACCAAAAUUUAGGCCACUUUUCCAUAGCUCGUAAGCUAUGUUUUUAUUUUAUUUUACAUCUGAACCAUUUUUGGCAAUACCUUUAAAAAACCCACAUAUUAAAUAUUUUGGGAGGAUAUUGUAUAAAUUCAUUAAAAAAAGAGACACCAAAGUGUUUGGGAAUUUUAAUCCCAAGAAGUAAAUAUCCCAGAGUCAGACCCUGUUGCUCUUCAGUCUUUUACAUGUUUAUACAACUGAAUGUCACGUGGGAAAUCAGGAGUUAGAGAUGAAAAAACGCAAACAUGUUACAAUGGUUCUAAUUGCUCUUUUUCAAUUUACUGGCUUUAACUUAAGGAAUAUAGGUAUGUAGUUAUUUUAUCUAAAGCUGUCAGAUUAUCUGUGGCCCUGUUAGUUAACUUCAGGGAUUAGAGAGAGUACAAGAACGUCUGUACAAUUCGUUUUAAGGGCUUGUCCUUAUGUUCGUAAUUUCAGUUAAAUAUUUUCUACAGAUUGCUUUACUUCCCCCCUUUCCCCAAGAAUAGGUUUAUAUUCUUGUAAUAUUCACUUUGGUCAAGGAGAUAACCUUUGGAAGAAAAUGCCAAAAUGUCAGCUUGCAAGCAGCAAGGUGGAAGGUGGAAGCUGCCUGUGGCUGCCACGCCAGGGGCAGAGAAGAGGCUCGAGUGCCUCAGGUCGGUCUCUCCCUGAGAAAACGUUUACCCUGUUGGAAGAAAUAAGGGAUACCGAGAACUGUCUCGUUUCAUCACGCUUGGGCUGUGUGUGAGGUUGAACCAUGUGAAAUUGCCAACGUUUGACCGUUGCUUAUCUACAGAGAUGGCAGUAUCGUAUACGUUGACCUAGUGCUUUCUGUUAAAUGCAGGGUAAAAUCCCUGUGAGGCAAAGGGAGGGUAUUCUCUAGGACUUCAGUUUUGAGAGUGUUUUUCUCUAACUUGUGUGGAUCUAAAUUUUUAAAAUAGGAAUGAAUAUCUUAAUAGCUGCAGCUUGUUGAGAGUGUAAAAUGUUUUGAGCACAAACUAUGCAGCACAUAACUUUUCAGAUUAAGUGUGUUGGCAUAGAAAGGUUAAAGUACAUUCUCUCAGUUGAUGUAUUGUUCAUUUCUUGUAAAGGUCUUCCUACAUUUGAGAAUAGACCCUUUAACAUAGGCUGCCUUAGUAACAAAACAAAGCAAAACAAUUGUCUCAUAAUAUUAACUGUCCUGAAGAACGUGUGUCUUGCAAAUGCUGUGGAACUGAAUAUUUAUUUCCUUGUGAGUAUUAUGACCGUUACCAAAGGACUCAACAAGAUUUAGGCUCUUCUUAAUUGAUCAUGUUGACAAAGGGACUCAUUUGGUCCCAGUUUGUAACAUGGGAAGAGUAGAGAAGAGAGAAUUAAAUGUGGAAAUCAUAAAUGCUUUUCUAACAGGGUUAUGCUAUUUUGUAACACUAAAUGUCUUUUUCUUUCUCUUAAAAAAAUUAAGUUUUUAUUAUUAAUUUUGUCAUACAUUUCACAAUGUUUGAAUAUAUUUUAACCAUAUUAUGUUCUGAAUUUGUUUUUUGUUCUAGACAUUUUAUCCAGAAUUUUACUUGCCUCUAUAAUCUGAAAACUGGGUUCUAGAGUGUCCCACUUGCUGUCUCUUAGAGGCUGAGGCUUCAUUUCUAUGAGCCAAAAGCUCAUUUAGCAAUGUUGUUAUUUCAGUAUUUAUUUCUAUCAUGGAAUCCCUGGGGUUCGGAAUGUAACUUUGUACAUGAAAUAUAUAUAAAUAUGUAUAUGAAACA